GGGUCAUAAGUGAAAUUGUGUUUUGGGGCAAGUGAGGUGUAAGUAGAAGGAUCGAUUGUGCAGGAAAAUGAGGUGGGAGGAAGCCAGCACACCGGCGAAGAGUGCACUUUAUGUAUGGGGAUACAACGAUUGUGGGCAGACAGCUCGGAGGGCGAGUCGGCGCUACACCAGGAUUCCAAAGAGUGUUGAAGAUUUGUUGUGGGUGGACAUUGCAUGCGGCCGCCAGCACACUGCAGCCGUGGCCUCUGAUGGCUCAUUGUUUACUUGGGGUUCUAAUGUGUAUGGUCAAUUAGGAGAUGGAAGUGAGGAGGACAGCAAAACUCCUAAAAAGGUGGAUGCCUUAAAAACAGAAUUUGUGAAGUCAGUGGCUUGUGGUGCUCAUUGCACCGCUGCGAUUGCAGAACUUCGCAAUAAAAAUAACGAGACUCAUUCUAGUAGGCUUUGGGUGUGGGGAGAGAACCAGGGAUCAAACUACCCACGUCUUUUCUGGGGAGCUUUUUCUCCAAAUACAAUAAUCACCCAAGUUGCUUGUGGUGCAACACAUGUGGCAGCUAAAUCAGAGGAGGGUGCACUGCAGACCUGGGGCUACAAUGAAUAUGGUCAACUCGGGAGAGGGUUUUCUUGUGAGGGACUACAAGGUGCUCGAAUUGUAAAUACAUUUUUGAAGUUCCUUGAUGAAGCCCCUGAAAAUGUGAAGGUUACCCAAGUUGCUUGUGGGGAGUAUCAUACGGCAGCCAUUGCAGACAAUGGUGAUGUUUAUACAUGGGGGCUGGGACACAUGGGUCAAUUAGGGCAUCGCUCUCUUCACUCUGGAAACAAAGAAUUAUUGCCUCGGCGGGUUGUUAGCUUGGAGGGUAUAUCAGUCAAGGAUAUUGCUUGUGGUGGUAUCCACGCAUGUGCUGUCACUGUUAAAGGAGCGUUGUAUGCAUGGGGUGGUGGGCAGGCAGGUCAACUGGGGUUGGGUCCUCAUAAUGGUUUCCUUUCAUGCUUAGCUAAUGAAGCGGAAAUGUUUUUGCGGAAGAUCCCAAUGCUGGUGCUACCUAUGGGAGUCCAGCUUGUCACAUGUGGUCAUUCACAUACACUGGUCUCUAUGAAAGAUGGAAGGAUUCUUGGAUGGGGUUAUAACAGUUACGGACAGGCAGCCACUGAUAAGACUACAUAUGCAUGGUAUCCAUCUUCUGUUGAUUGGUGCAUUGGAGAAGUGCACAGGUUGGCUGCUGGAGGAGGUCAUUCAGCUGUGUUGACACAUGCAUAUUCUUUAAAGGAGCUAUGUGAGUUCAAACUUGCAGAUAAUGUCACCUUAUCAAGUGCACCGGAGAUUAAAGAGAUUGCGUCAAGGACUGGAUCUGAUGCAUUGGCCCGGCUUUGUGAAAGAUUCAGGGAGCAGCAACUUAGUGGAGGUGAUCAUUCAUACGAUGAUGAAGAGGAUGGGCAUGAUAGAUCUCCCAAGAAGCCAAACUGUUAACUUUGCAAAUACGUAAUGCAGAGAUAGUCCUGUUUUAUAUCCCAUAUAUUUGAGGCAGAAAGUUGGGAGGUUUUGUCUACAUUUGCCAUGAACUUACUGGGAUUAUCUGCACCUCGGUAUGUGUCUUAAGACUUUUGACGUUGCUCUAUUGUAAAAUGAUAUAGAAGUAUUUAUCCAUGUCAUUCAUUGGUCUAGUCUAAAAACUGGAGAGAUUUUGCGGGACUUGCGAGCCACUAUGGGUCGCAAGUAUCUCGCUAGAAACUCGGAAGGCGAGGACUUGUUGAGUUUUGCACAGAAAAACUCACCAGUUCGUACAAGCAGCUCUUUUUUUCUCCAUUUUUUCUAAAUUCAUUUGCAUUUUUCUUGCUAUACAUUCUUUACAUUUAACAGUAUUAUUAUUGAUAUUUAAAUUAAUCAUAUAUAAUAUUUUGCCUA